AGGUCCACCCUUUCUCUUCCAAUUGUCACUCCCAUAAUACAUUUUAUACAAAGAAAUGAAAGUUCCAUCUGUAUACUGUUUUAUGAAUGACAGUUAAUGAGACCAUUAGCUCGAGAAUUCACGUAUCAAGGUUCACGGACUCAACAACUUUCUCAUGCCAGGAAUCUAAACUUCACUCGUCCAAUGGCAGAAACCCUAUCUAGACAUUCUAUUUUGUGCCCAAAUGGUCUCCAUGGCCAGUGGCAACUGCCAAAGAGCGAUAAAUUGGUCAAGUAUCCAAUCAACAUAGACCUGACUCCAGGGGAAAUCCCCAGCGUUCAGCAGCUGGUAGAAAGUGGAAUCACAACAAAAACUGACAGUAGCAAUGUUGCACCUGAAAAAUCAAGUUUUGAGUCAAUUACUUUUCCAACUGAUGAAAUUGAGAUGCAUCCUGCUGAGGAACCUUGCUCCAUGAUUUCCUUUGAAACAGUUGAAACUCCUGUUUCUAAAGAUAUCAUUAAACAACCUUCUCCUCCACCUGUACUUGCAGAAGUACAAGAUUUGAUUGCUUCAAUGUCUCCGCAAGUUACUGAGGCAGAAUGCCAGAGCAAGAAUUUAAUGUCUGAUGAAUAUGAUCGAACUGAGCCCCUGCAGUUGCACAUUUCAAUCACAUUGAUGGAUAACUUCAUGAAGCUGGCACAGUCAAAUACUGAUAAGAAUUUAGAAACUUAUGGUGUCCUUGCAGGUUCACUUAAAAACAGAAAAAUCUAUGUUACUGCACUCAUUAUUCCAAAGCAGGAAUCAACAUCAGAUUCAUUCCAGACCACAGAUGAAGAAGAAAUAUUUGAAGUGCAGGAUAAACGAUCUCUUUUUCCACUUGGGUGGAUUCAUCUGAUUAUCAUCCAAGUGUAGUUACAUGCGGUUCAAUGCUGCCAGAAUCUGUUGCAAUUGUUAUGGCACCCAGUAUAUACCAUGCAUUAAUUCUUAAAACCACUUCGCGCAUGACUUGGGAUGACUACCUGCAUCUUGACAGAAUUCGAGUCAUUCUUUUGUCGUUCAUAUGUUAUACAGAAAAGAGACAAUUUCACAAGUUGUAAAAAUCAUUCAAGAUUUUAUUAUUUUUAAUAAACCCGUUAUUAUGUGUCAA